UUUUGUAUGGUUCAGCAAUCCAUGGCAGAACACAGAAGGGUACUACUACUGCUGCUGCUGGGUUACUGCUACGAUACAAACAGGGUAGGGAGAGAACCAGCAAGUCUAGAGAGAGAAAGAGACUGACAUAUAUUUAGGGGAAAAACAAAAAGAGAGAGAGAGAGAGAGAGAGAGAGAGAGGAGGAGGAGGAGGAGGGAGAAAAUCAAAGAAUAUGAAGCUCAUCAUAUGGUGAUAUGGUACUCAAAAGGAAGAGAAAAGGCUGGAAAGAACACAGAGUAAGCUCUCUGGGUAAAUGGGUCUCUUCUCAGAUUCAUGGCUUUGAGGUUGGUUUAAAGCUUAAACCUUUCAAAACCCAUUAAACAACACUUCAAAAAAACCCUUCAAAUCUGAAAUACCCAAAUCCAUUUCCCCCCCUCUUUCAUACCCUUCAGAUCUUCGUUUUCUUGGGUGUUUAUUUGUUUAGAUGAUAGGAAUGCAAUUUAAUUUGCAAGAUAACGGUUUGUUGGAAGUUCCAGGUUUCGAUUCUUCGGAAACAAAGUGGAAGAAGGGAAUCAGUUGCGCGAGCAAUGAACCCAUCUCUGUUCUUGACACCCGGAGGAGUCCCAGCCCUUCUACUUCCACAUCCACCCUCUCUUCCUCUCUCGGCGGCGGCGCAACCGCCGUCUGUGGCGGUUCCGGCGACAACACAGCAAGUCUGGCGGCGGUUUCCGACACAAUCCACCACCUGAAAUGGCCGGAGAGUGGCCCGGUUGGCUUGACAGAGCCCGCCGGCGAAUGGGCGUCGGAGCUUCAGCCGAUUCCGGCGGCACUGGAGGUUUCCGGCGGCGAAAGAUUUGGGAUUGGGUUGGAAGAUUGGGAGAGUUUGUUGUCUGAAUCGGGUCAAGAUCAGUCUAUUCUCCGGUGGAUUGCAACCGAAUUCGACGACGGCAAUGUCGCCCUCGCCGCCGUCGUCAAUCAAGGCUCCACCGCCGUGGACGGUGGCUCUAAUGGUGGUUCUGGUUCAUCUUCAUCUACGCCAAAAAUUUCUUCUGAAACAGGUAAUCCCAGAGCUUCAAAUCUUGGGUUCAACAACAACAACACACAAAUCCCCAUUUUGGGUUCUUCAAUCAACAAUCUCUUUUCUAGUGAUUUGAUCUACCAGCUUGAAAACCCAGAGUCAAAGCCUCAGAUUUUCAAUCCCCAAGUAUUCAUAAACCGACACCAACAACUUUCUCAGCUGUCUCAGACUCAAAUUCAAACACAACCCUCUCAACACCAUCUUCAACAAUCACCAUUAAUGGCUAUAUACGACCAGCUUUACAAAGCGGCAGAGCUGAUACAAUCUGGGAACUUCUCUCUCGCGCAAGAGAUAUUGGCGCGGCUCAAUCACCAGCUCUCUUCCCCUUUGUCAAAACCCUUUCAAAGGUCUGCUUUUUAUUUCAUGGAAGCUCUUCAGCUCUCUCUUCUUAUGCUCAACCAUGUCAAUCCUUUGCCUCCUAGAACUCCUACGCCCUUUGAUGCUUUGUUCAAAAUGGGUGCGUAUAAAUUGCUCUCUGAAGCCUCCCCUGUUACCCAUUUCAUGAAUUUCACUUCUAACCAAGCAAUCCUCGAAGCUCUUGGCUAUGGCGGACGUGUUCAUAUCAUCGAUUUCGAUAUUGGGUUUGGUGCUCAAUGGGCUUCUUUGAUGCAAGAGCUUCCAAGCAGGAACAGAUGCAAAACCCCAUUUUUGAAAAUCACUGCCUUUGCCUCUCCUUUAACCCACCAUCCUCUCGAGCUCAGCCUAAUGCACGAAAAUUUAACCCAAUUCGCCAACGAAAUUGGUGUCAAUUUUGAGCUUGAAGUGGUGAAUUUCGAUGCUUUUGACCCAAACUCUUAUUCAAUCCCUCCUGUCCGAUCACCGGACGAGGCAAUUGCCGUGAGUUUUCCUAUCUGGGCUUGUUCGAAUCGCCUUCCCGUGCUUCCUUCCCUCCUUCGAUUCAUAAAACAGCUUUCCCCAAAGAUAAUGGUGUCGAUGGAUCGUGGGUGUGAAAGAACAGACCUUCCCUUCGCACAGCACCUCUUUCAUGCCCUUCAAUACUAUGAAGUUCUCUUUGACUCCAUUGAUGCAGCUAAUUUAGCUUCUGAAACCAUGAACAAGAUUGAGAGUUUCCUAUUCCAGCCCAGAAUUGAAAGCAUUGUCUUGGGCCGCCUCCGCGCCCCCGACCAUAUGCCCCAUUGGAAACAGCUUUUUGCAUCUGCGGGGUUCUCACCUGUUGCGUUGAGUAAUUUCACUGAAACUCAGGCUGAAUGUGUGUUGAAGAGAAGCCAAGUUGGGGGAUUUCAUGUCGAGAAGCGCCAGGGAUCGCUCGUACUGUAUUGGCAGCUUCGGGAGCUCAUGGUGGCUUCAGCUUGGAGGUGCUGAGGAGCUGCAAUUUCGAUAAGCAAGAAGAUUGGUACUUAGUAUUGCAAACUUUCGAUUAGAGCUUACUUACUAUGCUCUUUGGAAGUAAGUUAAAUAAAUCUUAAACUCUGGUGGUGACCCUCUUUUGUGCUUGUAAAUUUUCUUGCUUGGUAGUCUUCUCUACUUAUUGUCUAUCUAGUCUAGAAUCUAGAAAUAUUAGUUUUGAAAAGAAAAAAAAAUGAAGUGCUAUGUUUGUUAGUUUCAAAUCUUUUGGACAUACUGCUGCUAUGUUAUUUUGAUGCUUUGACAUAUGCUAUAAGAUUUGAAAUAACAGAUUCUUGGAAAUAACAUAUUGCUGCUAUGUUAUUUUCAAAUCUUUAAAGAGUGAUAAUUUUCCAUAUGCUUGAAAUGAAAUGAGGAUGCCACAGAGCAAAAACUCUGCAAUUUUUUUUCUUA